AUGUACCAGAGCCUGGUUUUCCCCUGUUGUCGGCUCUGGACUUAUGUCUCGGGUCUGCGAACAGUUACUGUUCUGAAGGUUUUCCUAAUCGGAUUAAUACUGCCGUUGCUCAUUUUCUAUGGACUUGGUCGAAGGACUGAUUGGCUCUCGACAAGUAUUCUCUCCACUGCCGGUGCCUCUACUGACCCUACCUUUUGCGGAGAUGACGAACAAACUGCCUGGUGGAUAAAUCCUAAUCGAACAAAUCUCGCUGCAUGGCAGAGGAUACCCGAAGAAGAAAGGACCUUUCCUCUAGCUUUCACUAUCAUCGCCUUCGAGAGACCGGAUCAGGUUUGCUUGUAUACUAUUUAUCACGUUGCCAGUUGUUUUUGAUUACAUCAACAUGAAGUUACGUUUUGUUGACGUCUAUGACAUAUCAUCCUAUCGGAAUGACAUUUCAAAUUAAGGUGCCGGCGUUUGUCAUGCGGUAGCCAUACUAGUCAAAUUCUCCUUUACCAUAAUCAUGUAGUGGGCACGUACUGCACACGCCCUGAACAUCUCUCCGUUAGGUCCCCUCUUUGGUUUUUUUUCAUGUUACUGGUUGCGGCGGUAGUUUGUAGGGGGCGCAGCCAGCUACGUUACUGUGGCAAGUACGAGUGUUUAAAAAAACACCAAUUUGUUCGGAUGCACUCACCCCUGUACCUCCUGAAGUUUCGGUUGUAUUUUGUGGAAUAGGGAUUCUGGUUAGCAGGUCCUACCAAAGAUCUUGUGAGGCCACGACACAUGGAAUCAGAUGUUUAUGAAAUGUCGCGUUUCCAGCUGUGUUUAACGAACUGAUGAGCUUUGCUGGCAGAGAAGUGGAAGGCUAGAAUGGCCAUUUCUGGCUUAUGUGUCACCAUCAAUCAGGUUAACGUCAACUCCUGGCAGAGGAUAACUGAUAAUAUAAACCUGGGUCGAAAUGGUUAGUGAAACAACCCUCUACUAUGAAGCGAUUGACUCACGUCCUGUGGACUGCAAUCAAGGGUAUUCGAGGUCGUGGGAGUGGCGAUCACUGACGCGUUCUUAUUACAGGACAGAAUGUGGGUAUUCCGUUUAGCCUUGGAUCCCCGGUCUAAAGCUCCCACAGAUGGUUGUACGCCGAGAGCAAUUAGUAUUAGAGGAGGCCCUCUGAGGAAAUCCAAUGAAGACUGUAUUGUUCAUUUUUGGCGUAUUUACCAUCGGCAGUCAGUCACAUCCUAGCCUCAGGUGAGAAAGACCCGAGACAUAAUUCCAAGCUCUCUCUUCAGUGAGCACUAAAUCACGCUUCCACAUCAUGUCGGCCGUCCGGAGCCUUGAUUGAAGCUCCAAGACGAAGUAGAACCGCCCGCAUCCCUUCAGGAAAUCAGGAUAGACUGGUAAACGUCACUCCUUCGACAGCUUUCUUUCCCGGUAACGGACGACAGAGCAAGAGUCCAUGGCUCAAAGGAAGGACUUUUGAACUAAUGUCUAAUUGGCAUAGAAAAAACUUUCACUUACCGGAUCAGUUUGGUUUGGAGUUUGGGUGUGGCCAAAUGACGACAGCAGCUAAGCCAAAAAUGACCACCCUAACCUCUUUUGUCCUCUAUGACGACCCUACCUGACCGACCAAGUUGCCAAGAACCUAUGACCAACUCAUACCUUUAGUAAUGCCAAGGCGAGGUGCUUUCACCGUCUCUUGACGCAAGGAAAGAGUUAGGUCCUUGUAGAAUGCUUAUUCAGAGCUGUGUUGUAACACAUUAAUGUUAGAAAUAUACCUGGCUAGCUCCUGUAAUAAAACACGUGUUCGGUGUUCCGGCUAUUAGAGUGAUAUGAGGAACGUGAAUGCGAUGCUGCACACUAUUUAAACCGUCCUUACGCCACUGUAGGCGUGACUUUGAAGGUUUCCAGAUGAGGGCUGCUUGGUUGCCGAGCCUAAUAUGAGAACUUCGGUGAUUCUUUCUUUCCCUUGGAUUUCGUAGAAACUGAUAAUAGGAGUUUUGGCAUAUUUUAAUAAUUCAGCAGAUGCACUUGUGAAAAACUAUUUAAACCUCCCAAAAUCCGAUUGAUUAAACUGGUCUGGUAGUCAUCUGUCGAUUGCUUAGAAAAUCCUGUUUUAGCCGUUAGCAUGCUGUAUCACAUCUGGCUGAUUCGAUAUGCUUCAGUUGGUUGGGCGAGUAACUUCACCCGAACGUGAUAAAACUCACGGCUCUCAGUUGGGGUCUCGUAACUCAGGCGGUUAGAGUGUUGGCUGUACUCAAGCCUUGCCAUUACUGUCGCGAGUUGGAAUCCCAUCGAGUCCGCCGAGUUUUUCACAAUUGGAGCUUAUGAAAUCUGACAAAUAAACUUGUCCUAGUACGUGUGGCCCGGCUGUUUGGUUCAAGGGACCAGCACAUUUGAGACUCAUGUCUCGCUACUUACUGUGACCACUUUAUCUUGGCCCAGUUUCGUUUCUGGCAAGUACGGCGGUGCAGAUUACUUGCCGGCCAGACUUAGUUUGGGUCUUUACGUGUGAAACUGAUGCUCACCAUCGCAAAGAUUCGUCAGACAUAUGACCGGACGAGAAUAAGGUCAAAGGAACUGUUCUUUUAGUCCCCCCUGCCUUGUUUUACCUAAUUCCGCAUACUAUGUGUUAAAAAUACGCACGAAAAUCGCGGACGUGGCGAAACAUGCAGAAUUUAGUGACGAAGUAAACUUUGACUGCGAACAGUCAUUGCAAAUUUGCAAACCAAGUAGCUCAAUCAGAAAGCAACAUAGUGCGAUUAUACUGGAAGUUUACUAUAUCAUUCAUUUUUGCAUAUUUGGUAAGCCUCGCCUUGUCCCUGGGAGGCAAUGCUUCGAGAGUGUAUAUGCUGCUUUUUGAGGGAGGUCUCCUGUAAACUAAAAGUUUGCUAACUUGCAACCACAGUCACUGAUCGGACAACGGAGCAGAAGAAAGACAAGACAAUGGGUCCGUAGCUCAAUGAUAGUGCAUUCGACUCAAUUAGCAGAGAGUCCGGGUUCGAAUUCCAGGUGGUGUGCGUGUGUGUGUGAACACUAUUCUAUCGUUCUUUCGAACAUUUUGAGCCAAAUGUGCUUACUAAAAUCCAGAUAGAAUUUAAACUUUAAUAUUUUCAUUUCUGAGCUUCAAAGUUGUCCAAGAGCUCAACGUUAAAUUACAAACUUUUUAUAUGUAUAUUGUAUGAACUUUUCCCGAAAAUACUGACCGUAUUGGAUAUUCAGAUGCACUUGAAGAUAAUGAAGUGUUAGUUUACUAUUGGGGGGGGGGGAGAGGAGUUUGGUUUUGACACCAGCACCUGGUUAGACAAGAAGGCAGCGAAUUUCUAAGCAAGCCGACGAGUGUUGUCUUAGGAGGAGGGAGGAUAUUACUUUUGGUGCCUUGGGGGCGGAGAUUAUGGUUUAAGCUGGGAGUUAUACGACUCCCAAACUUCACAGUAGGGAGUAGAAUCGAUCUCAGAAACUUUUAUUUUAUCAACGGUGGCACUAAAACGAUCCGAGCGGAGCAUCUCAAGGAGCCCUCAGUGGCGAGGGGGCGGGUCACGCGUAUAUAGGACCUCGAGAACAACUGAGGGGUGGGACGGAAUAAUGGUUAUUGUGCAUGCACCCACUUGCAUGAAUAGAUCUGAGGAGUAACAAGAGACUGUAGAUACGGAGCACCUUCUGGAAAGCGUACUCAAGACUAAGAAGCGAAGACACGUUCAACAGCACAGUCACUAUAAAAUAUAAGGAGACCCUAGUGGGUAGAAAAAAUUUUACCUUAUACCAUGGAAUAUAGAAAAUUUGCACAUCCAGAAAAUAAACGAAUUGAAAGAGGGGCCAAUCUGCUGUUUCGCCGGGAUAAUCUACCUGCUGGCCUGCCGGAGCCACCUUACCGGGCUGUGCAAAUAAUUGUUCAUCUGUCUAGCACACAAGGCAAGCCUGCAUUUCAGUUUGAUGACCAUUCGGCAUCUGAUUUGAAUUUAGGAGAUGGGCGGUUCAAUUGCACCGCAGGAGAAGCCUUUUCUGGUUGGCUGAGUAUUAUGCCUUCAUGAUCUGUAGCAUUAAAAUAGUGGCUAAUUGUCAGAUAAGGCAGAAAGUCUUCUCUGGCCAAACAGCGUCUGUAUUUUUAAGGAGUAGCCCAGACAAUAUGUGGGCACUGUUUUCACUUAAAUACUGAUUAUUUGUAAGAUAAAAAGAACGAUGUUCAACAAAAAUGCCCCGCUUUUGUAGCAGAAGGUUACGCCCAUCGAGAAAAAGCAUUCUGCCCAUCCAAAGCCGGAUAUUUUAGGCUGAUAGAGUCCACCAGGGAAAAUGGGGGUUACUAUGGCAAUGUAUAGGGACAGAUACAGGUCAUCGUCUAAGUUUCUGCAUUAUAGAAAAAUCAGUCAAAAGGGAUGGCGCUCGAACGACAUCGGGCUAGCCUUAAACACAGAACCUGUGUUGGCAGGAUCAAUGAGUCGACGCAGUAUCGAAAAAGCGGACUUCUUUGAGCUGUGAUAUACCAGGAGCUUCAGGUGUGAGUCGUUGUCAUUGAGCUGCCCGGCCUAGGAUGGCCGUUCCCCAAGGGUUGGGACUAUGGCCACUUUCGCCUAUGUGUAUUGUAAGUUGAGAAUUUGGGUCUGGACUUCAAGUUUCAACUUUGUGCCCGUGUAGGUGAGUCUGCAGUUUUCGUUCGGUUUCCUUAGCCUAGUUGCAGGCCCUAUCACUGCGACAUAUCUUGUAGACAAUUGUCGAUGUUUCGGUAAGUGGCAGAAUGUCCUUAGGUUGUAUUAAAAGGCGACGAGGUAAUACCCGAGGUCGACGAGCGAUGCCUACUGCGCCGGGUUGUAAUAGUCGAGAAACCGCCCUGAAGGCUCCUUUGUGGUAGGAAAUGGCCCUCCAGACUUCUGGUUGCUGUUCCUUUUAGCGUCACCUGUUCGCUCGACAUCUGUCUUGCUCGAGAAAUCUGUCCAGCUCUUUCGCCUUUUUGAAUUACCGUCCCAGAACUUUUGACCUUGGGUAACGAGGUCGUCUGCACCGUUUCCUGUCGUAUGAACUGCAUCCUGAAGAUUUGUAGUCAGUCAACACAUAGGUAAAGCAGGCGAUGACGUUGGAAUUCUUGGUUGGCGUCCAGACUCGCGGUAUUUACUGAGUAGAAAACAACCUCUUGGGGGGAAAAUCGAUUGCAUGGGCUGCACCGAAGUCAGCUUGGCAUUUGCUGCCGAACGAUCAAUAAAAUUGCAUGGGCAGUCCUUUAAUGCUUGCCAAAACCGGACACACAGCUACGGAGCCCAGUAACAUCCUGACAUUCCGACCUUCGUUGCCGAUGAUGUCCACUUGUGCGUGAAUUAGUUUAUAGUGAAUGUAAACUUGCACAGCAUCUACUGCAUUCUCUCCUCCUCCCUCACCUCGACCUUGUGUCAUGACAGAGUCAAGAUGACCGGAGGUGGGGGAGGUCGCAGGUGGAUAGCACGGUCGAGCGCACACCUUGAUGUUCCUCUCCACACCCCCUAGUCCACGCGACAAAUGACCAGGUUUUGGCCGCCAAUAACAAUGGGGGGAGUAGGGGUCUCAGUGUGAGCAACGGCUGCCGGCUACCGGACCUGCCACCAUACCCCGAUGGCGGGGAGAUAUUCUGCACUCGAGAGGCGGCAACAUACGAACAGUUGCGUUUUCUGCGCAGAUGUCUCCAAGACGGACCAACCUCACGAUGGCUGAGGUGUAAAGCUCCCCUUAACACGGUUAUGAGAGGAGACGUUGUGAGGCGGUUUGUCAAACAGAUGACGAGAGCUCUGAUCAUGACUGUCAACGGCGUUUGCAGACAUACAAAGCCAAUAUCGAGGAGAGUAGAAGACAGUGUGUCAACACUCUAGGGAAUUCUGUCGCCGCUGAUCUUGGGAAGACGAUCUCUACUUUGGCACACCACAGGCAAGCAAGAAGAGAGAAGUUUUGGAACGGAACUUGAUUAGGCUAAAACCAACAGGCACGGAAAGCUCAAACUUGGUGCACAAACUCUCGUCUAAGCAGUUAACAGAGCGGCAACUACGAGUGCUACGGCGUGAAACUUGUUUCAACACUGUAGAUGCCGAUCCUGUCGACUUCAUUGCAGCCCUGGAAGCUAGGCUCGUGAGAAAUGAAACAUCCGACGACAAGAAACAUUCCAUCCGACAAAGUGUUACCUCCUUGUUGAUGACACAGAGACCAACCCAAUGCCUUUUGCAGAUUGUGUCAAAAGCUAUGAGGGAACUAAGGAAGGACGACAAGCUUAUCAUUCGGCCUGCUGACAAGGGACAACCAACCGUCGUGAUGAAUAGAGAAGACUCUAAUUAAAAAGCUAAAACCCUUCUUGAUGAGAGAGGAUUUUAUAGAACAACAGGAACUCACAAGACAAAGCAAUGGCAGAUCGACUGAGCAAACUGCUUAGAGAAUAGCGGCGCAAAAAUGUGAUCACAGAGAAUGAAUGGCACCAAAGAAAGGUAACGGACACCGCGCUAGCUCGAUUCUAUGGUCUGCCAAAAAUGCAUAAUGCAAAUUUCCACUGUGACCAAUCGUGGCCCUAAACGGCUGCCCCACCUAUAAUUCGGCAAAGUGGAUGUUCGCGAAACUGAAUUUCCUCUGAGGCUAUUCGACUACAUCAGUUCGAUCAGCAUCUCAAUUUCUCAUAGACUUCCGAGACCAGAGGAUUCAAUCGGACGAAAUCGUGGUUCCCCUUGAUGUGACGUCGUUAUUCACAUCCAUUCCACCAAAGUUUGGCCGCGAAGUCCCGCACGAGACUUGAAGAGGCCUACGACGAUACUCAGAAUGCACUCAAAACUGAACACCUCAUGGGACUGUUUAAAUUCUGCCAACAAACUUUCUUCACUUUUGCUGGGGGGACCUAUGGAAAUAUCAAGGGAGCCCCAAUGGACCCACCGGUCUUCGGUUUAGCGGCAGAACUGGUUCUACAGGAGUUAGAAAAGAUUGCCAUCAUCCAACGUAAGCCGGUAUUUUGGCAUCGCUACAUAGACGGCACGUUUGCUAUCGUAAGGAAGGACACGCUACAACAUUUCCACAGCCCGCUCAACUCAGUCUUCCCUGGUAUAAAAUUCACGAGGGAAGAAGAACAGGAACAGCAGUUGCCCUUCCUUGAUGUGCUCCUCAGACGAAACCAUAACGGUGAACAUGAAACGACGGUUUAUAGGAAGGCAACGAACACCACACAACUUCUCAGUCUUCACAGCAGCCAUCCGGUGGCUCACAAACGAAGCUGCAUGAAGACGCUCUUCAAACGGAUCCAAACUUAUUACAGCAAACCGAGAGAACAAGCACGUGAGACCCGUUAUCUCCGCGACCAGUUUGUGCAAAAUGGCUAUCCGAAGGCAUUCAUAAGUCGUUGUCUACGCGGUCGCCCCUAGAGGACCCAAACAUUAACGCCACCAAUGAUAUGACAUCCCCUGCCAUACAUCAAGGACGUUUCAGAGGCAACCGAGGGCAUUGCUGCUGAGCGAGGUGUUGGAAUUGCUCACCGCCUCCUAGCCAUCAUGCGCAGUAGGGUCAUGAAAAGUAAAGACCGGUUAAAGCCUGAGGAGCAAUCUGGGGUUGUGUAUCUCAUACCGUGCCAAAACUGUCCUUGUAACUACACAGGCUAAGUUGGGUGCAUGCUCGAAUUGCCCAUACACGGACAUAAGCUGGCUGUGCGACAAGGCGACACAUUAUCACAGGUGGCCGCUCACACCUACGAAAUGGGUCAUGAGUUUGACUUCGCAGCCACCAAAAUAGUCGUCCACGCCGAAGACAAAACGGGCCGAGAAAUGAUUGAAGCCUGGACCUUGGGAGAGAACUCAGUCAAUCGAUUUGUCGAUUUUGCGUCGGCAUACAGAGCCCUACGCAGCCAUCCCCAGUCCUGCGUCAUCGGUCGGUGAUUGGCCUGCAUGCCCUAUAACUGUCGCUUGUUCUGUUGCUGCUAUUAUCUCUGACAAUGGACUCCCGCACGAGUUCGAAAGCCCAGCACAAUAAACAGAGUGUUCCGAUGCUCUACCCCCCUUCUUCUUCAAUUAUACGUAUACCUGGAACUCGAACGUUCGACUUUAUCCAUGUUGGCAUUUUUUAUAGCGUGCAACCCGAUAACGCCUGCCAGAAUCCGACAUGGCCGCGUGUUGGUCCAGUGCAUCGACCGCGUGGCCCGUUUGGGGGGACCAAUUAACAUUCUAAGCUGAGCGUGACUAGCAUAACCAGUCAACGCAACAGUGCGCGCGAAAGGAGGUUACUGCAUGACUUGAGCAAACAGAAAUGUAGAGUGCAAAAUCGAGUCCAAAACGCGCACACCAAAAAUUAUUCUGGUGCACGCAUUGACCAGUGAAGACAUAAGGGCGGUUCGCUCAAAGAUCUCGGCUCAGUGCUUAUGUGAGGUGCCGUAUUUUAGAAGUUGCGAUUCAGCUGUUAACAAGUACGGGUGAUUUACAUCGCAUAUAAUGACUACCCGAAGGCGACUUGUGUCCGUUUAAAGCAAAGCCGCAGACUUUUUCGACCGGAGGUAACCACCGUGCGAAAUAACGUGGGUUGACGUAGUUAGCUUACCCUUCUGUUGUGCGGUAAUUCCGUCAGAGUAACGGACUUCCAAUCGUUCGCCAUGAGAUAUUUUAUCGGUUGGGGUAAGCCACUCACAGCCACUGAGGCCCCACUACAUAGAAAGCUAAGAGAGGAAGACAAACAGGUCCUCUAUAUAAGGUAAUUAGAUCUCCAAAUUUCUUCAGUAUACUUCCAGUCAGAUUAGUAGUCGUUGUCUGAGACAAUCGUUUCUGCGCUCUCGAGACGGCAUUAGUAAACUUUUGGAAGUAGGUAGUCAGCCAAGAAGAACCCUGCAUCAUAUUCGUCCGAAUUUUGUUAAAAAGGACGAACGAGAUCCGGAUACAAACUGGGUUCUGGCUUCCGUUUUAAAUGUCUGGAAAAGGUGCGUUCGAUGAAACGGGAAGCUGUUGCCCUUCCUCCACUACCUCAUUUUCUUUGCCAGUGAAAACAGGCCUCCCUUCCCAUCCUCUAUUUUUACCUAUCAGCGUAAAUACCCGAUCGGAACCAACAGGACAACGAGCCCGCAGCUCAGUGGUUAGGAGCUCUGGACUUAUAACCAACAGGUCACGGGAUCGAGGCCCAGGUGUUCCACACCCCGAAGUUGGGUAUGACUGGCUGACGACGGCUGAUAAGCCAAAAAUGACCACCUUAUUCUCCCUUGUCUUUGUCGGUAAUGCCAUUCUGCCUAUGUUAUGUGUCGCCAUGCGGCUGCUGCCGGAGCUUAAGAGAGAGCUUCAAGGUGCAAAGGGACGAGGGAGUUACGUGGGGCGAUUGGUGGACGCCUCAAUACCGUUAUAUAUGUAUAUGUGUUGUAUAUGUGUAUGGUUGUAAAUGUGUAUAUAUUAAGACAGUGGGCGCUCGCCGAUCAGGUUACGGAACAUGCCCCAAGGCACAACGGAACGAGCAUGUUCCGUAACCUGAUCGGCGAGCGCCCACUGUCAUAAUUGAUCUUCCCGAUCAUAACCGACAGGACAACGGGCCCAUGGUUCAAUGGUAGAGCGUCAAACUCCAUGACCAAAGAUCCCGGGUUCGAAUCUCAAGUGGUCCACACUUGGGGUUGGGUAUGACUGGCUGAUGACGGCUAAUAAGCCAGAAAUGGCCAUUCCGGUCUUCCUUGUCUUUGUCGGCUCCAUCUCAUGUGUAUAUAUGUAUAGAUACAGUAGGUGGGUUAACUCAAAAAAUGUCAACCGAAAUUCCGAACUGCGUUUUCGUUUUGAAAAAAAUUAAUUAUGUAAGGUUGCAAAUCUAAUCGUCAUGCAGCAUAGUACUAAAAUAAUUCAGUUACCCCAGCAUGCCGGCCUUCUAACGAAAUCCUUUCCAGCUGCAUGCAGAAAUUACACUCUAUAAAAAAUGACUACUUAAGCAGCAUGCAUUUUUCUUAUUGAUUUUCGAUGCCCUUAAAAGUUCAAUUAUAUUUCAUGGAAAACAUGCAUAAAAACAUUCCUUCUUUUGAUCACUCGGUAGAAAAUUACGUCUUCCAAGUUUAUACUCGAAGGAAGGGUAUAACUUGGUUUUAAAAAAGUUUCUAAUUGGAGAUUUUUUGACACGGUGGAAUGGCCGUUCAUAAGACGUCAUGUCUCUGCAUUUACCAGUGUGGCCUGUAAAGUUCACGAUAUGGCUAAAAUCCACUGUUAAAUUCUACGAACCUCAUAUGGUCUCAUCUUUAUACCUUUGAGAAAUGUAUCGUUUUCCGUACGGGGAAAAUAUUCGGUUUGUAGUUUCGGAAUUCUGAAUGCAAGCGUAACGUCAGGUUGGAAUUCAAAGUAUUCGGAAAUUUCAAAAGUUUUUGAAAACCGAGUUACACCCUUCCUUCGAGUACGAAAUUGGGAGAAGACGUAAUUUUCUACCGAGUAAACAGAAGAAUAAACAGUUUUGUGCAUGUUUUCUAUGAAAAUAAUCGAAAAUCAAUGAGAAAAAUGUAUUCUGCGUAAGUAGUCAUUUUUUACAGAGUAUAGUUUUUGCAUGCAGCUAGAAAGAAGUUUGUUCGAAGGCCGGCAUGCUUGGGUAACUGAAUUAUUAUAGAACUAUGCUGCACGAUGAUUACUUUUAAAACCCUACUUUAUUAAUCUUUUCAAAACGAAAACGCAUUUCGGAAUUUCGGUUAACAUAUCGUGAGUUAGCCUACCUGCUGUAUAUUUCCAACGUUUCAAAUCUCCUAGCUUUAAGGAAACAUGUAAUCUGCAAAAUGGGUUGUCUUUGAAAAGUUCAACUGAUUCUUCCCUCUCCUCUAAUGACGAAGAUUUGUACGCCUGAAAUAUUUGUUAGAAAAUAAAAAAGACGCACCGCGUGUUACAUAUUGCAAGUUACACCUUCGUUAAUCUAUAUUCUUUGUCUCAUUGAUUAUCCGAGUUUUUAGUUUUGGGUGUUAUAUCAGAAUUUUCCUGCAAGGUCUUAGCACUGCAUUAUGCGAAUCGAUAUUUAGGCAAGCGCCCUCUGCGAGUACAAAUCUUUGAGGUCCAGAUUGUCCUACUGAUAGCAUUAGGCCAGUGAAGAGGCCCGUAUUCAUCAACAGAUGCCCCCAAAAGGACUUUGCACCAGGCGAUCACUAGCCAUCUAGUCAAGGACCUGGCACUAGAGUCCAUGGCGGUGGGUACAUUUUGUAUUUGCCUUUUUGUUUAACGGUAACUUUACACCGCCACUGCGUGUCGGCACACUGUUUACUUAACCAUCAGUCUUAGUCAAAGUGGGGGGAUCACGUGUGUGAGACAAUAUAUGAAACCUAAGAGAACUACGAAAUAAAUAUAAGAACUUCGAGGUAAAGAUGGAAGCCUCACGACUUCACUACCACGGCUAUGCGUUCAGUCGAGUAGAUGUAAUAUGAUUAGCGUCCAUAAGCUGGUAGCGGUCGGUCUUAUUAAAAUUAUGGGCUAACCCUAAAAAAGUAUGAAACGUACCCUCUCCGUUGACGACAUAGUCGACCUACCUGUCAGAUGGGGUGCGUUCCCACCUCAGCCAUCCUUUGGUCAUGUGACUGUUGGUGGGAAUAAACCCUCAGUUUUCGUCAAAUGUGAUUGUUUUUCCUUAACUAGCAUGCUCGUAUGGCAAUUCAGGCCUGUCCGUAUUCUUGGGUGUUAAAAGUGUUUUUUAGUCUCGUUCAAACUCCCGUUUUAGUCGUUGUUGACAAUAGAAACUGAAGAAUUCGGCCGCGUUCGUUGCAAUCAUCUACGACUGAUUUACUGGGUUUCAUAACACAUGUGGCUCUCUACCAUAAUAACUUGGAAAGUUGAAUACAAGAGGAACCCGUAGGUGAAUACAGAAAGUCUUGACAGAAUGGUUCCCGUCUCUUUUCUUCAGCAAAAGCACUUUGACUGCUUUCAUUUAGAGGACUUCUUGACUGUAACGACACUAAAGUCGGUAAUCAGCACCGUCAGCUGGCAGUCUACCAGUCCUACCAAUUAAUCGUUCUUCUAGCUUGCUAUUUGGCGUAAGUAAUGCGCACGCUGACUGGAAGCACAACUCCCUCUUUCGGUCGUUUUCAACACUGAAUGAGAACAUUCUUUGGAGAUUCAUUCCUUCCCAACAGUUAUCAACCACCUUUUCUUUAUUUCCGUAGGUAUGGCGUUUACUGAGGGCGAUUUACCGUCCACAAAACGCUUACUGUAUCCACAUGGACAGAAAACAAUCACCUCGGAUCAAGAGCUGGCUUCAGACAAAGAUCAAGGCCUGCCUUCCAGAUUCCUCGAACGUCCAUCUCCUAUCCACAAUUGAUGUCCAACACUCGUACAUAUCUGUCUUGGAGGCUGAUCUUCUCUGUAUGCGGCUCUUGUGGAAACUGACGACAACGAAGGGGACGUCCACCUCACAGCAUCCGCCCUGGCGUUACCUUAUAAACCUAACCGGUCAAGAGUUCCCUCUCAAAAACAACCUGGAACUGACGCGAAUACUGCGUGUGCUGAACGGGGCUAAUAUAGUCCAACAGUUAAAGUCAGUAGACUUUGAGAUAGACUCUUUAAAUGGGACCGGUGUCCGAAUACGAUUUUUCCCGCGAAAAUCUAAACAAACAUGCUCGGGUCGUUUUUCAUAACAUUCCGAUCGUUUACUUUAGCUUGCUUUGUACUCAGUGAACUGCUCUCUGCAGGAGACAGUUUUAUAGGCAGAGGUACCGUGCAUGCACUGGUCGGGAUGCCUAACCCAAGGCAAAGAUUACACUUGAAUGAAAAGAACCAGAGCAAGAUGGAGCUUGCCUGUUUGCUUAACUGCUAGGCACCCUCCAUGUUUGCGGGUAGUAGAACGGACUUCCGCGAGAAAUUAAAUGCAUAGUAAGAAGAUUUACCUCGGGUGAAUAAGAGGUCGCAAACUAGCAGUCGUAGUCUUAACGUGAUGUAGAGAAUUUAGGUCUGGCGAAAGGACUACUUUCCCAAAUGCCGCGGAGUUCGAUGACAGCACUGAAGUAUGACAAGCAUGAACUGCUAUGAAAAAGGCUCUUACUGUUGCCUUUCAGGCUGACUACCUAUUCGAAGGCCAAGUUUUCUACUAGGACAGCCAAUCUCAACCAAAAUCACUAGUCUUCCUUAAAAAAAUCGAGUCUCAAGCAGUCACUACAUUCAACUAAGAUGCAAGCGGUCCUCAUCAGGCAUAAUGGCAGACAGCUCAAUAAAUUAAACAUCCCGACGUGGACUUGAGAUCGACUGACGGAUUUCGUCUCACGGCAAACGCAUCGUGGCUCAUAAAAUCUAUCAGACGCUACACCAAGUCCAUUGACACAUUGUUGAAACAUGAAGCAAUAUUUUCCCGGAAUGAAUUUAAAGCAGGCAUGGACAGCAGAUUUUAUUGGAAGCAGUAAAUUUCGCGACGGCUUAUCAACUGCAGUCUGUCGUUACAUAACACAGAAAACAAGUAAGAAAGAUACAGAGGUUUGAACUUCGACAGAGAAAAUCAAUGUAAACCAGCAAGGUCAUCGUAUACUGCAAGCAGACUAACCAAUAAAAUGGUAACUUCAAACGCAACAUAGGAAAAAAAAGGGGAAGUAAACACGUCGAGGGAUUUCGUAAAUCAACGACAGGCCGCAGUUGAUAAGCCGUCGCGAAAUUUACCGGUUCCGAUAAAUUCUGCUGUCCAUGCCUGCUUUAAGUUGUUGAAACAGUCAGGCAGAAGCUCCUAGAUUCGCUCUUCGGACGUGAUCCUCUAUACUGCCUUUCAGCCGGGUACUUUUUCCUGGUGGUCUCCCCCGUUUUACUUUUGUAUCUCGUUUGUCCGAAGAGAUCCAGAGGUUUCUUUUUUCUGGCGUUUCGCAUAUCCGCGAGUGUCUGGUGGCAGAGUCAGAAUGCGCAACUGACCGUUGCCCGGCCGUGCGGAAAGUGCCGUAAUAUAUGAACUCGCAUUAUUUGUCCCACGCUUCUGUAAGCACAUUGCCUUCACGGCGGCGCAACAAUCUGUCUUCAUAAGUGCAUGCCCGGAACUGCCAGCUUCGCUUGAUUGCAAGCGAUAUUCCCAAAUCUGCUGCCUGGAGCGCAUCUAGUUUAUUCGAUAGGACACGGGAAUAGAAACUUUCCCGUCUUUGAUACAGGUAGUCUUGCGCUAAAUUCCAGGGAGAUUAGGGUUAAUGUGGGAUUAGGGUUUAGGUUUAGGACUAGUGUUAAGAUUAGGACAGGGGAAUAGGUACCCGUUCUGGAAUUUAGCGCAGGACACCUGUAUUCCAGAGUCUUUUCUAUUUGCCUUUCUUCCAGUUUAUUCUGCCUGUACGAGGCAAGAUAAUAUCUAGGCCAUCCUACACAGGAUACUCACAAAAUGUUUAUAUUCAUAGGCUUGCAGAAAUACCGCAGAAUGUCAACCGCCGGUUUUGGGGGUCAUUCGUAGAAGAGUCUACACAUAGAUUGGGAAUAAUUUGAAAUAUAAGUUGGUCUUCGUCUUAUUGUAAUAUCCAUUGUUGCACACUGAAGUACGGACAUCCCAAAUAGACCCUGGCAUUCCUGCAGUAUGUUGUGCCACUUAAUUGCGAUAAAAUCUACCCCCCCCCCCCCACCCGAGAUUGCAUACCUGAAGUUUGUCAAAUAUCCUUGCGUCAUUGACCGAAUGCAAAUGCGGUCCCCUACUUUGAGGGUUAAGUUCUGUGUGACGGAACGAUGUGUUGCUGCAAACACAGAAUCGACUACAAUUUAGACUUGGCCAGUGGUGACGACCUCUAGUCUCUGUAGUGUUCCACUGCAGAUGCAGGGCUGCUCCAGUUUUAAAGCAGUUUUGGACGUCGACACAACUUACUCGUCUUCCUUACUAGUUAGCGCGUGGCCUGUGAUUAUGGUGGUUAAGUUACCCCGUUUUCUUUAUUCAGUUCAUUGGGGUCCUUCAUCCUAUUGUUGCCCUCUAUGUUGUACCAUGUCGAUGGACAUGUCUGGUGGUAGGAUAACACGGUUAGCGACACAUUUGACGAAGUAUCCCUUUCCUUCGACGAGUGAGAUGCGAAACCGGGCCAGGGGGACCACGAGGAAGAGGUAUCCAACCAAAAGACAGUGCACAAAGUCGCAUUCACGAAGGAUGUCAACGACAAGACUCGACCCCUCGAGUUGAGAACACGACUCAGACCCACUUAUCAACACACCCACAUUAGAAAGCAUUUCUCCUCUCCCCGCAUGUUUCUUUUCCCCUUACUGCGGUCACGAUCCCUUGUGACCUCUGCGGCGGAGUACGUUAUUUGCACCCCGCGCCACUUAGCUCCAGGCUUUCGACACGCUCUGUGGUUCAUUCCAUUUUAGAGCACCAGUGAAAUUCACCAUUGACGGAUUUGUCCUGUCAGCAUUUAUUGGGAUGCACUACGUAAGAUACACACUUGCUUCCCCUGACAACUUGCCCACUCACUAGCACACCCUGGCAUUUGUGUGAGCGCCCGCAGCGGCUUUGAACACAGACCAGCAUUGUCGUGAGUAGGAAGCUCAACGCAAUGUUGGCUCCUACACUACAAAUACCCACAGCCAGCGUGACAAUACAAAACAGACAGUCUUCCAAGAAUUGCUUUAUUCUCGUCUUUUCAGUCAGAAGUCAUCACGUUAAGCAAUCUGCGUUGCAUAUUUUAACCUACCCUCCUCCUCGAGGGCAACUGGAAUGAAGGUGCGAACAGUAUUCACCGUCAUCGUCAGACGUAAUAGUGUCCUUCAAUGUAACCUCUGAUAAGGAGGUUUCUACAGUUUCUACGAAGGAACUUCAUCACUUUCCUGCCUUCAGGAAAAGAAACAGCCAUCGGAGACGGGGUCGGUAACAAAAACAGAUUGAUAUAACCUGUCAAAAGUCAGCAAACUGACGUUUAUGGUAUCGCGGCUACCAUUUAAAGUGUACAAAAUUACAGUGCAAGGACCGCAUGUAGAGCAUGGUAAUGUCAAAACCUCUGCAGAAAAAGUCAUCUUGCUUAGUGGCUGCAAACCCCGGUUUCCACUCGCUGCCGAUCAAGAGAUACAAAUGUUUGACACCUGCUGCUUCCGAAGAAGGCUUCCGUUGUGCCUUGUGAACCAUUACUCAAAUACGAACUCCAACGCCUCUUGGGGAAGUCUGCUGACGUUGUGAUAAAGGUCGUCGACUCGGACUGUCUGAUCGCGCACUCUGCCAACCCGGAGGCGGAGAUCGUUCACAACGUCAUCUCCCUGAAUCUCUGUCCGGGUUGGCGCAUCCGACAUGCUGACCAAUUUAGGAAGAGGACGGGUGUCUCUAAAUAGGUCCUAAAGAGCAUUCUGGGUACGACAGUCUUCGAGAAGGGUAUCCAACUGAACAAUAAGUUGCGGGUAUGUGACUGUCGACACAGGAUAUAAACGCGUCAGUUUUCGACGUUGUGUAUACUGGAGUCGACUAAACUUGCAUUGAUUUCGGUCGAUACAAGUGAAAAAAACAAUCUGCAAUUUAUGAAUUUUCUUAAGAUCAGCGGCCGGUACAGAGCUCUUGGGAGCAUCAGAAGGCUGAUUUAGGUGCAGAAGGAUUCGUCAUCUUCCCAAAAUGCCAUAAAUUAGCAAACUCACAUCUGCGUGUUAGCGGAUGAUGGAUAAAGAUACGGAGAUCUAGUAACAAAGCAUACGAGUGUGCGUCCAUUUCAAUAUGGAGUAGCACUCGAUGCAUUCAAAAACAACUGUUUAUAGGGGAGACACAGAUGAAAUCGUGGUUCUUCUGCGCCACCAAUCCCAUUGCCGGGACCGCACCCAUUACCCCCUGUGAUCCGUUUGUUUGCCAGUCGUCCUGUUUCCCCCUAGGUUUUGCUUGGAGAUAUGACUGACCUAAGAGAGCAGGCGUAAGUGUGGACAAUUUGUUGCAUCGGACUCGCCUGUGUUUAUCGGUCAGGCUCCUCAAAUUGUCGUUAAAUAUGCUGCGUUUAGCCAAAUGUUUUAAGUCCAUGUAUUUAUAUUAUGCUAUCAUCAGUCCAAAACUUAUAUGUAUGUAUGCAUAUAUAUAUAUAUAUAUUCUAUGUUUUCUUUUUAAUUAGCUCCUUUGUAGACAAUUACCUUUUUGCGAUCCACGUCACCCUAUUGGGAGCUUGGGCACCAAAGGCAUAGCGAGCGUCAGUUUUUGUUCGUUAAAAUCUAAUAAUUAAGCUCAAAAAAUGUACUAGAAUGAGACAAGUAAAACGGAACAGUUAUGUGUACCUGCGAAACAUAAAUCCAUUACCUCUGCAUUUCAAUGCAACGCUGAGUUUUUAAUCAUGUACUUUCUUUCAUAGAUUCGACUUCUAUAGAUCCCCUAUACUCCAUCGACCUCCACAUGGACUGCAGCUCUACAAAGGCUCCGUUCACGUUGUACUGUCCUGGGCUUUUGUUGAUUUCAUCUUCACGGACCCCAGAGUUCGCGACUUCCUGCACUUCCUUCCACAUGUUGGCGUGCCAGACGAGGCCUUCUUUUCCACAGUGAACCACAAUGCACUUCUCAGCGCACCCGGUGGUUUUCCCUGUUAGUGCCUUAACCGAUUUCAGCUUUGCCUCUUCUAGCCUUUACUGUCUUUCUGUAGGAGUAUACAAGGCUGAAAGAAAUUAGACUUUUUGGGGAACAUGCGCUGAAAUCUUUCGUUCCGAGAUUCUGUGUAGAAGCUAGUUUUUUGACCUGGUAACUUCGGAAGGUCAAACCCUCUGAUUCACCAUGGAAGGAGUAAGGUGAUAAAAAAAGCUUUCGCCAAGGCGCGUGAACACAAUUCCGUUCGUGAAAAAGUUGUAUUUUAAGAACAACCUAGGGCCUUUAGAGGAUUCGAGUGAGAGUGGUGUCCACAUAACCGGCCCGAUUGCUAAGCGCAAUGCUUACGUUGCGUCCGCAAGUCGCUGAUUCAUGCGAUCCGAGGGUACUGCAGGUGCCUGUCCGUUAACCAGGUUGCAUCGCAGCUCGUUGGAUGGAUAAGGAGGAGGGCUUUAACAUCAUGCCCAUGCACUCGCCACUUGUCAGCGCCUCGCUUAGCGUUAUAAAAGUCGCUCAAGGGACGGUAAUAGGAAAUAGUACACUCGCGAUAAUAACAGAGGGGCGAAGUACAUUGGGAUAUGCAAUUAUUCGGAGUUAGUAAUCAAUAAGUGAAACACUCACCUGUCCGUCUGCUAAACGCUCGUAGUAGAAGCGUAAACAUGAGAUAAGCAGAGGACUCGACGUUUCACUAUAUUGUAUACUGGUUAUAAGUACUGUUAGAUAGUGAGUCACAUGCCAUAGUAGUAAACGCAUCUGACCCCACACGAGGUCUGUGAUCCGACUUUCAGGGAGGUAUUGAACGUCAGCUGUUUAAGCAUUGACCACGUCGCAGUGAACAAUUUGUGACGUCUAGGUGAUGAGUGUACGCAGAGUGACACUUCGGCCUUCGUUACCAACAAUGCUUACCGUGUACCCCACAGCAUGGUGACUUGCGCUGCAUCCACCACAUUCUCUCUUCCUCUCCCACCCAGGCCCAGUGUCAGGGCAGAGUCAAGGAGAUCGGAGGCGCGAGAGGUCGCAGGUGGCUGGUGCGGCGUACACCCGCAUCUGUACGUGCAAACCCACCACCUGAUUUGCAAAUAAACGAGCAGGAUUUCACAGAACAAGAAAACGGUGCGUGGCACAGAUCCCAACUGAGUGGGAGUACCAUAAAAGCCGCAUUAAGAAGGAGCCAUUCCAGUCCGACUCUUAGUUCCUCAGUCGGCCAUUCUACACACGGAACACUGGGCGGACUGCGAGCUCCGAGAUGAAUCCUCAAUUAACGGCUUCCCUAGCCAAGACCUUUAGCGCAACGUGAUAGUCUCAAGCACGCUGACCUUACUAUUUUCCCUCUUUCUCUCUCUCUUCCCUAUCCCAUGCAUCAGUCAAUUGUCCAGGCCAUUCAACCAACUGAUGCUAAGAUUGAGAAAGGCGGCCAACAGAAUUGAAAACGACCUGUCUGCGUCUGACAUGCACACGACCGGGACCUCCACAAAAAGACACCGGGGUUUCGCACGAAGAAUGUGGGCUGCUCGGAUCUCACAUGUAGCAGAGGGGCCACAUGGAAAGAGAGCCGAAGAACACACUUCUCACUCACGUGAGAGAUUUCUAGUUUGUGCCUGUAGUGUGUGAUUUUAAGCGUGUCCGUGUGUGAUGCAUUUGUUGAUGAGGAAGUAUAUGGUGAUAGAGCGCUACAGUAAUUACGGCUGAAUCUCUUUUUGAAGGAGAAGAGGAAGGACACCAGCAGGGGUCGUAUGUUCUGUACAGAAGCUGGGUGGUGACCACCGCCCUGUCCUGGACGGUUUGGUGUGAAAGUUUGGUGAACCCUUGUUUUAGUCCAGAUUAUUUGCUUUUUCUCAUGAGGUGAUGCGAUAUAGGUUUUAUGUGUUAUAUUGUUUUUUUUCUAAUUGCUGAAAAACUCCUUCAGAAGUCUUAAGCCCCACUUCCACCCUGUCUUAUUAUGAAAGCAUUAGCUUUUAAAACUCCUACUUCCUUACAGGUGAAAUAUUUUAAAACAAAAGAAAGCCCAAGGCUUGGUAGAUCUCCCCACCACAGGUUCACGUAUGGUUGGCUAAAAAUGGCAAGUAAGCCAGAAAUGAGACCAUGUCGCCGUGAUGCUCAUCAACCGGACAGAUAAAGGUUGCUUUCAAAGGGUCGACUCCUCAUUUUGAAUUAAAAAUACCUUUCUCCUCGUACCGGGAAAAAAUUAGGCCAGCCGGCCAAUUUAUCAGAAGGUAACACUAGUGGAAUUCUGGACUCAAUUUGAAUUCUGCGACCCAGUCGGCGCUCGGGGUGCCACAGGUGCAUCGUUGAAGUGAUACCGUUAUUGCACCUCAGUACUGUCGCCUUUACUGAUUGUUUCAAACGCUAAGCCAAGUUUAGACCAGGGCGGGUGAGUAGCUUUCAGCGUCGGGACAAUGAGCGCCGUCGCUGUUAUUUAUGUUUUUGUUUUUGGACAGGAAGCAACCACUGCGGGUGACCGGAUCCUAGGCGAAUGUCCGGGCAGCGAGGACGUGGAAGACGGUAAAUGACAGGGGUAGUGUCGCAGACUAGCGUGCUUGGACUCAAAUCUUGCAGCCGCGACACUUAGCCCGUUGCAGCCCUAUUUGCAGCCGCAGACUCAGUCGGGUUACGGGAGCCGUGGUGGUAUAUUUAGUGUUGGAAGGGUGCUGUGGACUGGCUCAUUACUUAUGACGGUGGCAGAGGGGGUCCCGCGCGUUAGUAAUAACCUGAUAGGUGUGCGUUAGGGGUGGGACGUCGUGGGCGUCAUCGAAUGCAGUGCACUAGGCUAAUGGACAAUAUUGUCGAGGUUCAGCCACCGUUAUGAGUUGAUGAGCUCCUCUUUGGGACUCGAAGUCGCCUCAGUUUCAAGUCCGAGUGCAAGAUGCGAUGGUAGCGGACACACUAUGAGUACGUACUCCGCCGCCACAGCUCCAUCUCCUCACCUACUGAAGAAAUAGGCGUCAAGGUGAUCAAUUUUCCUUUUUCAAUCGCGGAAAAUCGGAUAGUCGUUUUCUCCACGCCUUCUUUAAGUACUCCCUCAAUUUUCCCCGUAGGUCGCGCAUAAACUAUUGUGACUCAGUGUGGCGUUCCUGAUUUCUUGCAUGGCCGCUUUCGCAAUAAAACACGUCGGACGUGUGCCUUCUUGCCUUCGUCGGACGUGUGCCUUCUUGGAGAUGGUAGGAAAUUUUGGACAGUCCCGUUCGCAUGACCCGUAUCGAAAAAACGAAGCCAAUGACUCGACGAAGUAAACAGAUAACGCAUCCGAAUUUACUGAUGAAACAGCAGAGAAGAGGCAUGAAAUCAGAUCUAAUGUGAUAGGCAGUUGGUGAAUGGAGGAGGAGAAGAGUGAAGAGGCGAUAAUGCACGAUAGAGCAUGGAAGCAAGUACCUCCGCUAUUACAGGUGGUCUUUAGAUAAAUUCAAGAGAGUUAGGGCUAAAGUUAGGACGCGGGAAUAGGUACAGUCCACAGAAUUCGGUGCAAGGCUACCUGUAAUGCGAGGAUAUUUAUUCCACUGACCAAUCAAGUGCACGACCACGGUUAAAAAACAGUAUCCCUCCAGACUCUCUAGUCGUUGUCUUCUCUUGACUUCCACUAAAUAAGAGACAAUGCAAAAAGUUAUGGAUAUUGUGCCGACAGUCGUAUUUCUGGUUGUUAGAGGCAGGUACAUUGACUAAACAUGGAACUUCUGAUCCGUGAGCUGAAUAAGACAAAGGCAGUGAUCUUGCCGAUCGCUUAUAUUGUUUUGUCGACUCACCUGCCUACUUCCAUCUUCUGCACUCUAUCCGUGCAUAGACGGCGAUGAGGCCUACAGAAGAGGCGAGGGAUUUGUGAAUCGGUGGAAACACUUCUGGCCAGAAGAGUGCCACGGCAAGUGGCGCCACCUCGUCUGCAUUCCUGCCCUUGAGGACUUGCAGCCCCUCUUCCGACUGCAGUCGCCCGAACUGUUCAUCAACAAGUUUGUUAUGCACCUGAACAGCGACGUUCUAGAUGUCACUGAGGGCUGGUUCUACGACCGACAAGAUUGGCUUUACCGUCAUCAGAAUCUCACGUUCGCCCCCCUGGACUUUUUUGCAAACCUCCCACAUGUAAAGUACCAGAUUAAUAGGACAUUAAAUGCACUAGAAAAAAGUUGA